GAAGCCCACUUGAGAGAGAGUCACGAAAAUAUUUACUCUAAUUUACUCGGGACUGUGUUUGUCUUUAAAAAUUGUUAAAUACCUCGUCCUCGUCGGUGCCGUAAAGUCGAUCGCGAAUAUGGACCACGUGGACCAGUCCGCGGAAUCUGACCGGCUCCGUUCUUUCCGCGCGACUUCUCCGCGCCGGAUAAGGCGGAGCCGGUCGGACCAGUGCCCUAAUUCUAAUCUAAUCGCCUCUCCUUUCACUCGAGAUCACGUUCGGCAGCCGAUCGAUUUCGUAACCUCCGCAGUGCUAUCGACCCCCUGCGAACUUAUCGCCAACGACGUCGGCUCACGGCUGUUUGUCCGAACGUCGUUAUCGCGGACGCACGAGCCCUCGCGCGUUAUCGGGGAUUGCCCAAGUGCCCCAAGUCCCCUGCAACGAGGACCCCCCAUCGCCACGCCCGGGACCCGGAAUUUCUUGACGGCAUGCGGUAGCAAUCCUUAGAAUUUAGAUCAGCGUGCGAGUCCCACGAGGCAACAGCGACCAACAAUGUUCUCUUGGAGGAACGUCAUCUCCGUCAUCUCGCAGAAGUUCGCGAGAAAGCUGCAUGUGUCGAAAAUCAGGCAAGAAGCUGUGAUCAUAGACGGGACGAAAAUAGCGGAAGAAAUUCAAGAGGAAUUAAAGAUGGUUGUAGAUACUUGUACAAAUGCGGGGAAUAAGAGGCCAAAGCUGGUGGCGAUAUUAGUGGGAAACCAUCCACCCAGCAAGGCAUACGUCGGCAGGAAAAUGAAAGCAGCAAAGUUGAUAGGAAUCGAGAGUUACACCAUUCAUUUGGGAGAGAAUAUAACGCAAGCGGAUCUUCUUAAGGAAAUCGACAGCCUCAACAGAGAUUCGUCCGUCGAUGGCGUUCUGGUGCAAUUACCGUUGCCGAAGGGCAUGAAUGAGAAAGAAGUGUGUCAAGCGAUAAUUCCUAAAAAAGACGUGGACGGCUUUCACUUGGAGAACCUUGGUAAUCUGACAUUGGACAACAGCAGUGUCAUACCAGCCACUGCCUUAGCUGUCAAGGAAUUAGUACUUAGAAGCAAAAUCGAGACUUUUGGAAAGAACGCCGUAGUUGUGGGUAGAUCGAAACAUGUCGGGCUGCCUAUCGCACUAUUACUUCAUGCCGAUGGCAAAGGCGAAACGGGUGCGCUGGACAUGACAACGACAAUCUGUCAUCGUCACACACCUCACACGGAGCUGGAAAAGUACACGAAGCUGGCGGAUCUGGUCGUGGUAGCGGCCGGGGUUCCUGGCUUGAUUACCAAGGAGAUGAUAAAGCCAGGCGCUUGUGUAAUCGACGUGGGUAUCACCAGGGUGAAAACGGCAGACGGCAAGUAUCGUCUUGUGGGAGACGUGGAUUACGACAGCGUGAAGGAGGUCGCCGGGCAUAUCACGCCGGUUCCCGGCGGCGUAGGCCCCAUGACGGUGGCAAUGCUGAUGAAGAAUACAGUUACGGCUGCUAUGAGGAAUCAGGAAAGCACAAAGCAAUCCGACCGUUUAGAAGACAAGGCGUUUGUAUAUUGACACACGGCAAUAGCUUGUUGUAGGAUCUCUAAUUGAUGAUUGAUAGAUGUAUUGUAUUUUGUAAUAUGUUAACAAAGUAUUAUUCUUGCGAAAAUAAUUAUAUGUAAAACUGCAGUUUAUUAAUUAA